AUGGCAUUUAUCACUCGUUUGGUGGCAAAUAGUGGCAAAUCGUUUGCCUCAAGACUUCUGAUCAGAUGUGACAAAAGUGGGACCAAUUCGUGGGCCAUAUGUCGCAGUCUGUCUGGUCUACCACGGGAUCAGUUGAGUGAUCGUCCAAAUGAGAGACAACUGAUCGAUAAUAUGAGUAUCGAAGACAUUGGCGACGCUCUGAAUGGUGUGACGGAAGAGCAGAUGGAUCUGCGGUCGACUGUCAGGAAGUUUGUGGAGAAGGAGUUGCCUGAAGACACGGUGCAAGUGAUGGACAGAGAGUCCAAUUGGUCUCAAUUCCGUAAAUUCUGGACCAAAUUGGGUUCAAUGGGUUUGUUGGGAGUGACGGCUGAGUCCCGGUUCGGUGGACUCGAGUUGGGAUACUUCGAGCACUCGCUGGUCAUGGAGGAGAUCAGCCGAUGCUGUGCUGCCAUCGGCCUGUCAUACGGAGCGCACAGUAAUCUCUGUGUCAAUCAGUUGACACUCAAUGCCUCCGAAGAUCAGAAACAGAAAUAUCUGCCCAAACUCAUCGACGGCUCACACGUCGGCGCUCUGGCUAUGAGUGAAGUGAGCAGUGGUUCAGAUGUGGUGUCCAUGAGAACUGUCGCACAAAGACAUAAAGACUAUUACGUGUUGAACGGAUCCAAGUUCUGGAUAACUAACGCCUUGGAAGCGGACGUACUGUUUGUCUACGCGAAGACCAGCGACAGAGGGAUCACACCAUUCAUUAUCGAGAAGGGAAUGGAGGGCUUCAGUAUCGGCCAGUCGAUCGACAAACUCGGGAUGAGAGGGUCGCCCACCGGUGAGCUCGUGUUCGACAACUGCAAGGUUCCCGUCGCUAAUCUCGUGGGACAGGUGGACAAAGGGGUGUACGUCCUCAUGAGUGGCCUCGACUACGAGCGUCUGGUGCUGUCGGCCGGACCGCUCGGUAUUAUGCAGAGCGCGUGCGAAGUGGCCUUCAGUUACGCCCACCAGCGCUCACAGUUUGGUCAACCCAUCGGUCACUUCCAGAUACUUCAGGCAAAGAUGGCAGACAUGUAUACACGACUGUCCUCUUCGCGCGCCUACCUCUACAACACCGCCAGAGCUGUGGAUGAAUACAAGCGACGGAACGGUAGGAUUCCGUUGGGAAGCGCCAGUCCUUUCACCAAAGAGUGCGCCGGAGUUAUACUGAGUCUGUCGGAGACGGCAACACAGUUAGCACUCGAUGCCAUUCAGAUAAUGGGUGGCAACGGCUACUCCAAUGAGUACAGCGCCGGACGACUACUCAGAGACGCCAAACUCUAUGAGAUCGGCGCCGGAACUCAAGAGAUCAGGCGGUGGCUGAUUGGCAGACAACUCAACAAAUUAUACCAAUAA